CCGGCUCCGAAAGCAGCCAGCGGCGAGGCUCUCGAUCCCCCAGCGCAGCGUCCACCAGGCGGCGGUCCGCUCGCGAGGCCAGCGCCGCGCCGCCUCCAGCCUCCCCGUCCAUCUCCUCGCUCCUCGUCCAAGCGCUGCCGCCGUACGCCGCCCCUGCGCCUCCCCGUCGGAGACGCCCCUUCGUCUCCCCAUCUCCCGCAUCCCGGGGCUCAAGCACGUCCGCAGCUUCUCUUCCGCCUCGGCGAUCCUUCCACCGCUUCACGUGAGCAUCAAAUUGCGAAAUUCGAGCUUCAUAAGACAACACAUUAGAUUGUUUACUGUGAGUGGUUGUGGCAAGUCUCCCACACACCGCCGGUUCUCUCUCUCCGUCUGAGCGACUGAGCCUCCUUUCCUCCCGGCGACGACAGGGCGAGCAGCCCUUUGCCAUUCUCUGCGGCAACAAGCAUCUGAAAGGGGAGUGAAGCUAAUAUGGCUGCCUUGCCACUGCCCACUGCUGAAGUAUGUGAUGCUAAUCCUCAUUUGAUUAUGAAUGGCGAGCUUCGUGCUCUCCAUCCCAUCUUCCAAAUCUACGGAAGGCGCCAAGUUUUUGCUGGUCCUAUUGUGACGCUGAAGGUCUACGAGGACAAUGUUCUGAUCCGUGAGUUCCUUGAGGAGAAAGGCCACGGCAGGGUCCUUGUGGUUGAUGGUGGUGGGAGUAUGCGCUGUGCCAUUCUGGGUGGCAACCCUGUCCAGCAGGCACAGAACAAUGGGUGGGCUGGCAUUGUGGUGAACGGGUGCAUCAGGGAUGUUGAUGAGAUCAAUGGCUGCGACAUUGGUGUGCGAGCUCUCAACUCCCACCCUAUGAAGGCAAACAAGAAGGGCAUUGGUGAGAAGCAUGUCCCUGUGACCAUCGCAGGAACUAGGAUUUGCGAUGGCGAAUGGCUCUAUGCCGAUACAGAUGGCAUUCUUGUCUCGAGGAUGGAGUUGACUGUGUAGACCCAUUCCCUCUUUGUACUUGUGUAUAAGAAUUGGGCGCAUAAAAGCAGGUCUGCUCUUGUCCUUGCCUCUUGGUGUUCUGUCUGAACUUGUAAUAAUGGAUUGUCGUUGGGUCACACGAUUUACCGGGAAUCAUUGAUGUUACAAAUUGUUGUCUAUCAAUUUUUGGAAUCGCAAACUCUUAUUCUGGUGAA